AUGGCGUUAAUUUCUGUUCCUAAUCCACCUAUUGAAGUCGAUUUCGACGCAGAAGCUGAGGAUCGAGAUGAAUUUCAUAUCGAAAAGAUCGUGACAGACUUUACAGAAGCGGAGGAAUCGAUUCGUCACAACGUGUACCCAGAAAGUGACGACGAGGCUGAAGAACGUACUCGUGGUGGUGCGGCGAGAAGGGAGACACCCAUCGCUCGUGGUGAUGGCACAAUGUAUAAAGGGCAAAAGUUCUACAAUGGAAUCGCAUUUAAGGAGUGUGUGACUGACUAUGCACUCACAACAGGUCAUAAUCUGAAACAAUACAGGUACGAUAAAGAUAGAAUCGGUUUUAAGUGUAUUGGUGCUAAGGGGAAAUGUAUGUGGAAAGUGUAUGCUGCUUGUCUUCAUAAUGAGUCGUUUUGGAGGAUUACAGUCUACACGAGCAAGCAUAUAUGCAUACCUAAUGGAAAGUGUGAUAUGUUUAAGGUCCCAGUAAUAGCUAGGUUAUUUCUUGAUAAGAUAAGAGAAGAACCCGAUUAUUACUUGCCUCUAAAGAUGAAGCAGAUUAUAAUGGAGAAGUGGAAGAUAUCAGCUACUAGAGCGAAUCAAGGUUCUGUUGUAGAGAUUGAUACAGUGAAGAACGAUGCUGGUCAGGAUGUGUUUAAGCGAUUCUAUGUGUGCUUUGAUGUUCUUAGAAAAACAUGGAAAAAAUCAUGUAGACCACUAAUAGGAGUUGAUGGCUGCUUCUUAAAAGCAAAGAUCAAGGGACAGUUGUUGGUUGCUUUAGGAAGAGAUGCAGACAAUGGUAUCUACCCAAUGGCUUGGAGUGUUGUUCAAGUUGAGAACAAAGAUAAUUGGUCAUGGUUUGUGAAUAGGCUGAAAAUUGACUUGGAUUUAGGUGAUGGAGAUGGGUACAUUAUGGUGUCUGAUCGACAAAAGGGGUUGAUUAAGGCUGUUGAGUUACAGUUACCACAGAUAGAGCAUCGAAAAUGUGUUAGACACAUUUAUGAGAGAUUGGAGAGGAUCCAUGCAUAUGAUAGUCAAGUAUAUGAAGAUGUCCUGAAGACUAAACCAAAGACUUGGUGUAGGGCAUUCCACAAGAUUGGCAGCUACUGUGAGGAUGUUGAAAACAACUCUGUGGAGUCCUUCAAUAGUACAAUCAACAAGGCAAGAGAGAAACCAUUUGUGGCUAUGUUGGAGACUGUAAGAAGGCUUGCCAUGGUGAGGAUUGCUAAACGGUCUGCUAUUUCUCAUGCACAUGAAGGGAUAUGCACUCCAUAUGUGAAACUUUUCCUUGCUGACGAGCUUAAGGCAGCUUCUGAGUGCUCUGUAUAUCCCAGUACAAAUGGAACAUAUGAAGUUUACCUGGGAUAUGACAAACACAGGGUCUGUUUGAAUUCCAGAACUUGUACCUGCAUGAAGUUUCAGAUUUGUGGAAUCCCCUGCGAACAUGCUUAUGGACUGAUAAUCAACAAAAAAUUGGAAGCUGAAGAUUAUGUGUGUGAAUGGUUCAGAACAUUUAAGUGGAAGGAGAAUUACACCGAGGGGAUUGUUCCACAAAGAGGUCCACGCUAUUGGCCUUCCACUGGAGGUGAAAAUAUGUAUCCAUCACCAAGGCCGGACGAUGAAAAGGUAGACAAGAAGAGGAAGAAAGGUGUUAAUGAGUCACCUACCAAGAAGCAACCAAAACAAAAGAAAAGAAUCAUGCAGUGUGGGAUUUGUGGUGCAGCUGAUCAUAAUUGUAGGUACCACCAGAAGAAUAAGAAUAAGAAUAAGAAGGCACAUGCUGGAGCUCAAGUCGAAUCUUCUCAAGGCUGUUUGACUCAAGAGAAGUAA